GCGCUGCAGGUGGAGGGGAAGCUUGCGAAGGGCACAGCAGGUCUGAAGGCUGUGGCACAGGGCUUCCACUAGUGGCCAUGUGGCUGAAUCCCAGACGUGGGUAGGCGCUGGAGGUCAGCUGCGCAGAUCUGCAGGUUCAGCGUGUGUGACUCUGCUUUCCCGCCUUCCCCCAACCGUGGGAGUUGGUUCUGGUGCCCAGGAAAGCUCUGUGCUCCUUCCAGGAGACCCCUUCGGCUCUUUGAAGGCUGCGAAUACAGUUGCUGUGUCCACAUCUUGUCAACAUGCUUUUGUUGUUGAAGGGGCUUUGGCCUGGAGCCAGGGGGAUGAUGGUAGGUUCUUUCCAUCAGAGAAAUGGAUGCAGAACUUAGUUUGUAGGGUUGUGCUGAGAGUUCGUGAGGGGAUGCAGGGGGAGCUCCUGGCAGUCAAUAAACUUAAAAACUUGACUUUGCCAAAGAGACUUGGAAAUUGUCCUUCAGCUGCUCACACAGGUAGAGUUCAGUUGUAUGCGGCAGUGUGACUGGUAAGGCCCUGUGUUGGCCCCCACAGACAUGGAGCUGAGUAGGGCAAGGGUCUGUCCCCGGGGGGUUCCCUUGCAGUCCCGCAGAGCCCCAGGAAAAGUUGUACCGGGUGAGCGGGAGUGUUACCUUUGUUAAUGUUAAUGGUACUCUUAACCAGUGCUGGAAGAAGGUGGGUUGACACAGGGAAAGUGACUCUCAGUGACGUCUGAGUCUUCCUUCCGAAGACUUCCGUGAGCGAAAGACGCUUCUUUGCUACAAGGCGACGCCUGCUCUGCUCGCUCGCCUGGGCGCGGGGAGCCAGCACCCAGGCCAGGCGGCUGGAGCAACACAAACUGCCCACUCAGUGCUGGGGGCUGCAGCCCCAGCUCAAGGUGUCGGCAGGGCUGGUUUCUCCCGAGGCCCCUCUCCUUGGCCUGUACGUGGCUGCCGUCUCCCUGUGGCCCCACCCCUGGUCCUUCCUCUGUGCACGUGUGUCCUGUGUUUGAUGAAGACACCAGUCAUGGAUUCAGAGCCACCCAUCUGGCCUCAUUUAACUGAACCACCUCUUUAAAGACCAGUUCUAUUUUGAGCAGGUCCUUGAAGCUGAUAGGCGCGUCCCUUCAGUGUCAAAGGUUUCGCACCGCUGGGAGUCACUCCAGGGGUCGGACCGGGGCUGAGCGCCUGUGGCUGAUGCGCCAGCUGAAGGACCCCUUUGUGAAGGCCGCGAAGGUGGAGAGUUACCGGUGCCGAAGUGCCUUCAAGCUCCUGCAGGUGGACGAGAGGCACCGGAUCCUGCGGCCCGGCCUCCGGGUGCUAGACUGUGGGGCGGCCCCCGGGGCGUGGAGCCAGGUGGCCGUGCGGAGGGUCAACGCUGCGGGCACAGAUCCCAGUGCUCCUGUUGGCUUUGUGCUUGGGGUAGAUCUUCUUCACAUAUUCCCCCUGGAGGGAGCAACUUUUCUGUGCCCGGCUGAUGUGACUGACCCAAGAAUCCUCCAGAGAAUCCAAGAACUGCUUCCUGGAGGAAGAGCAGAUGUGAUUCUGAGUGACAUGGCACCCAACGCCACAGGGAUCCGGAGCCUGGAUCACGACAGGCUCAUUGGCUUGUGCUCAUCCCUUCUGGACCUGGCUUCAGAUGUCCUGCACCCUGGCGGAACAUUCCUCUGCAAAACGUGGGCUGGAAGUCAAAGCCUGGCGUUACAGAAGCGACUGACAGAGCAGUUCCAGAGCACCAGGACGGUGAAACCCAGCGCCAGCAGGAAGGAGUCGUCAGAGGUGUACCUCUUGGCCACACAGUACCAAAGAGGGAAGGAGUUUGCGGAGGACUGAGGGUUUUUCCUGUGGUUUCUGAGCCUUGUUCACUGCAAGUGUCAUCUGAGCUCUUGCUGGGAGUGUGGCUGGGGGGCGGGGGACGGGGUCCAGGGUUUGAUCCAGGAUGCAGCAGGCAGGACAAGUGGGGGGCCUUUGUUUUAAGCCAAAAAGAUACAACAAAACGAUAUUUGCUGGCCGGGAUGUAUGAUCAGAAAUAGUCUCUAGAAUGGGAUUUGUGAGGCGGAGUGGAAAGGAUGAAAAGACAGUGGGAAGGAGCCGGGGGCGCACAAGGGCCUUGGUGUAACCUUGAUGUAACUGUCAUGUCACAGUGUUCCCGUGUAACAGAGAGUCUCCACCCUUGCCACGCUGACCGACUGACCGCAACACCCAGGCUUCUCCUUGUCAUUUUGCUUAUACGGUGUAGCAUGUGAAAACCUGAACUUUCAACCUGGGGAUUAAUUUCCAUCUCUCUGGUGGAUGAUGUGUUAAUCCCUUCCUCAAGUAGCGGGAGUUCCCCGCAAUUAGGGAAGACAUUUGGUAUGAAUUAUGCAGGGGGCUGUCAUGCUUUGUUUUAUUGCUGAAACCCCGGCGGCCCCCAAGACUGGCAGUGGCCAGAGCAAGCAUCCAUGUGGUGUGAACAUCUACUUCCUUGUGC